AUGAGUUCCUCCCUCGUCAGUCUCGCCCAGAUAAAACUUACAGGUGGGAGAUACUCUGUUUUCGGGACUGGAGAGCUACACAUCCGUCACGUGACCAAGGCUGACGAGUUCCAGUCAUACCACUGUGAGACCCAACACGUCCUCACUGACGAGACUACUAUCUCGGCCGUGGCUGGCAGGUUGAUGGUGAACGAGCCAAGAUCAUCCGUUCCUCCCAGGAUCACUGACUCACGUUCCUCCGUUACGGCCACUGUUAGACGCACCGUUGAGCUACCCUGUGCUGCCCAGGGCUUCCCAAUACCCCAGUACCAGUAAGUUCCCAGUACCAGUAA